AUGGCAACGAUAAGAAACUUGAAGAUCAAAACAUCGACUUGUAAUAGGAUUGUGAAAGAGCUUCACUCGUAUGAGAAAGAGGUCGAGAGAGAAGCUGCUAAGACUGCUGAUAUGAAGAACAAAGGAGCUGACCCUUACGACCUGAAACAGCAGGAAAAUGUGUUGGGUGAGUCAAGGAUGAUGAUUCCGGAUUGCCACAAACGUCUUGAAGCUGCAUUAGCUGAUUUGAAGUCCACUUUGGCGGGAUUGGAAGAAACAGGUGAGAAGGAAGGUCCAGAGAUUGAAGAGGCUAAGAAGACAGUCGCGGAUGUGGAGAAGCAGUUUCCCACAGAAGAAGCCUGA